UUCUGUCCCUCGCCCUUCCUCGUUCCCCGAGCCCCGAGCCCUGUGUCUUUCGCACGCAGAUAGCAAAGACCUGCUGCCGCAGUGGUCGACGACAUGAAAUACGCCUGGCUUGCGCUUUGUUUAGUCUGUGGCUGCUGGGCUGCGCAGGGUUCGAGAGGGAAGGGCGCUGCGGGAACCGAGCUCAUCAUCACGGAGCAGCCUGUAGUAGCGAUCUGGGCACACCCUUCGAACUCAAGCCUACCGGACUGCGGUGGUGACUGCGAUUUUGUGAAGGCCGCCUACGUUAAUUGGCUUGCGAAUGCCGGCGCGAGAUCCCUGCCGAUUCGGUACGACGCAACACCGGAAGAGUUGAGACCGAUCCUGGACCAAGUGAACGGCCUUCUCUUACCCGGAGGGCAUCCGUUGCUACCGGAGGGUGUCAGGUGGGCAUUGAAGUAUGCGAAGGAAUUGAACGACGAUGGCGACUUCUUCCCCGUGUGGGGCACGUGCCUUGGCUGGGAGUGGAUGGCACAGACGUUCGCAGGAGACUACCCGGUUGUGACUGACGAUUUCGAUGCCGAGAACUUUACCCAACCACUUGGUCUCCUGGCCGAUGCCGGAGAAAGUCGAAUGCUGUCCGGAGUGCCAACGAGCCUGCUCGAGAAAGCCAAGGUCAAGCCCUUGGCAACCAACGCUCACCACAAGGGGGUCUCACCGGGCGAUUUGGUGGAGUCUGGCCUGGAUACGAUGUUCAGGGUAAUGGCCAUCAACGCUGACAGACAGGGCGUUCGGACGUACGUGAGCGUUGCGGAGGCGAUAGACUACCCCAUGUACGGGCUGCAGUGGCAUCCCGAAAAGAGCCAGUUCGAUUGGGGCUUGGAUCCAGACGGCACCCCUCAUUACGUCAUUAAUCACAGCAAGGAUGCGGUGGAAUUGUCGCAGGUGUUGGCAACGUUUUUCGCUUCGGAAACCCGCCGCAACGGGCAUUCCUUCACUUCAAUCUCCGACUGGGAGCCUGGAAUGUUUCACAACAGAGAUGUCACCGCCUCUGGACCCAUCAACGGCCAGAUGUACGGCUUCCACCUGUCGGAGAGCGGCAGAACAAAAAGUGCUUUAGCACCUACCAAAGAUCUACGACGUCAAAGACAUUCGCAGCAGUUCGGAAGAGGCGUGAGUAUGGAGGGGGGUAGGGCACAACCGCCCUUGCAGCAGUCGUCUUCAAACCGACAUCGACCAUUGCUGCGGGAAACGUGA